AUGGCAGCCCCCGAAUAUAUAGCUGCUUUAGGUGAAUGGCUUCACGAUUGUCUCUCCAACCACUCAAGAUGCCAUUUCGCUAUCUCCAGCAGUACACUAUUCGACCCUCGAUCAAUAGAGCUUCCUACUCGUUGCAUUGAAGUCACGCCCACUGCUGCCUACUUGAGAGAUACGCAGGGGGCCGUGGGAAGCUAUGUCGCUCUAAGCCACCGUUGGAAUCCAGAAGUUGAGGCCGUAAAGACUACGUCAGCCAACUUUCAGCAACGCAUGUCUGGGACAGAGCUUGGGCUCCUUUCGAAAACCCUUGAAGACGCCAUCACAAUUGUGCGCAAAUUGGAAAUCCGAUACCUAUGGAUUGACACUAUUUGCAUCAUUCAAGGGACUGACGACUGGAACCAGGAGAAGUUCAAAAUGGGCCAAUAUUACGAACGUGCCCUAUUCACUAUUUCCGCCAUAGGAGGUUGCAUUCAAGCCGGAAAAGAUUCCGGUAUUCUCGAAGCUCAACCACCCAAAUCACUCGUCCGUCUUGCUUUCAAAGAAAACGGCAUCCGAAAAGGUGGACUCUGGCUAGAAGAUAUUCAUUAUGGCUUGAUGUGGUUUGCCGUCGACCACCAGAAUCGGGAAUACCCAUGCGGUGCUCCUUCAUGGUCAUGGCUCUCAAACCAAGGCGAAGUUGAGUGGCAGCGCAGGGAUGACAUGUCUCAGUCUAGCCUCGAGGUCCUUGGAGCAGAAUAUGAAGAAGAGGCCCAGGGAGUUCGCCGCUUGCCCGAAGUUGUUAUCAUGACGACCAAGCUUCGUGUCAAAGCGAAGAUGCAGCCGCUUCUUAUUAUGCCAGGCAUUCGAGAUGCAAAAGACAUGAGCGUUUUGACAGGUGUAAGGGUUCAAGCAUCGCCGUGUAAUCAGUAUUACACAUUCUGCCACCCAAGCUCACCAGAUUGGGCUGGUGGCUGGGCAAAGUUUGAGAGGGAUCCGCGAGUGGUAGAAUUGAAUAACAUUUCGUCAGGAAUAGGAGCGACAUUAGCUAUACACGUUGCAUCAAGACAAGCAAAUGACAGAGAAGGGCCAAUUGAGCACUUUAUGGACCUUCGGAGGACAGUUUAUGAAGUGAUAUUUGUUAAAUUCAUUAAGGAUGAGACAUUUCAAAGGCUAGGGGCAGGAUUUACCUGUGACUUAACUAUUGCUCAAGGGUUCCAAGCAGUGGAGGAUAUAGAAAUAACUUUAAUAUAA